ACACACGUAAACUGUGUGUACGCGUGACACAGAGAGAGAGAGAGAGAGUGGAGUUUGCAGUUGCGGUUUUUCUAUUUUUGUUGAAUUUUGUGUUUUGUGAGGAAAUAUCUGGUUGAAUGGCGGGAGUGAGAGGGAAAUGGAGGCUUCUGAGGCCCCUGAUGUCGAUAUCCUGGAGUUUUCUCCUAGCUGCGGUGUUCGUUUCAUCUGAGAGGAGUUUUAAGAAGGAAGCUAUAGGAGGCAGCAACGUUAUCGACUACGCAGAUGCGGAUUUUGCCAAGUUCUUGUGGCAGCCUAGUGAAUCCGGUUACGAGCACGUUUGGCCGGAAAUGAAAUUUGAUUGGAGAAUUGUUCUAGGCAGCAUAAUUGGAUUCUUGGGGGCAGCAUUUGGCAGUGUAGGUGGUGUUGGAGGUGGUGGCAUAUUUGUACCCAUGCUUACCCUUGUUAUAGGAUUUGAUGCGAAAUCAGCAACAGCAAUUUCAAAGUGUAUGAUCAUGGGAGCUGCAGUUUCUACUGUUUACUAUAACCUUAAGCUCAGGCAUCCCACACUUGACUUGCCGAUAAUUGAUUAUGACUUGGUACUGCUUAUCCAGCCCAUGCUAAUGCUUGGAAUUAGUAUUGGAGUUACUUUCAAUGUGAUCUUUGCAGACUGGAUGGUCACAGUUCUGCUAAUUCUUCUCUUCAUAGGCACAUCAACCAUGGCUUUUAUGAGAGGUGUUGAGACAUGGAAGAAUGAGACAAUUAUGAAAAAGGAGGCUGUGCGACAGUUAGCAGCAAAUGGAAAUGGUGGACAAGGAGACUACAACCUUCUUCCUGGUGGCCCUAGCAAUGCUACUCAAGACAUACCCAAGGAGUCUUCUGAAAAACAGGUCUCUAUUAUUGAGAAUGUUUGUUGGAAGGAAUUUGGACUUCUCUGUUUUGUUUGGGUUUCAUUUCUUGCUCUGCAGAUCAUCAAGAAUUAUACAUCAACUUGUUCAACUCUAUACUGGGUGGUGAAUUUGUUGCAGAUCCCAGUUUCUGUUGGGGUAUCUUUGUUUGAAGCUACUGGCCUGUACAAAGGGUGGAGAAAGAUCUCAUCCAAGGGUGAUUCAGACUACAACUUGCGAGCAGGGCAACUGAUUCUUUACUGCUUCUCUGGGACGCUUGCUGGUGUUAUUGGGGGGUUGCUUGGUCUAGGUGGAGGCUUUAUAAUGGGUCCACUAUUCUUGGAGCUGGGUAUCCCUCCGCAGGUUACAAGUGCCACUGCUACCUUUGGGAUGAUGUUCUCCUCAUCCAUGUCUGUUGUAGAAUACUACCUUCUCAAGCGUUUCCCAGUUCCUUAUGCGCUCUUCUUAACUGCUGUGGCAACAGUUGCUGCUUUUAUUGGGCAACACGUAGUGAGGAGGUUGAUUACAGUGUUAGGAAGAGCAUCAUUGAUCAUCUUCAUCCUAUCAUUCACAAUUUUUGUGAGUGCAAUCUUGCUAGGUGGUGUCGGGAUCUCGAACAUGAUAGAGAAGAUUCAUAACCAUGAAUACAUGGGUUUCGAGAACCUUUGCAAGUAUGGAGUUUAAAGUCUAUACCGUACAACUUUUUAUCUCGAGUUGAAUGGGUAUUCAAAGAUAAGAAGUGCACUAAGGACGUGUUUGAAAAUUGGAAAAUGAUUUCUGAAAAAUAAGUUAUCUUUUAAAAAAUAGUUUCAUUUUCA